AUGAAUAAAAAUAGUAUUAUUAUAGGGAGCCCAUCUUAUUAAAAAGGGUUGGCAAUUUCAUCAAAGAACCGAUCAGAAAUAAUAGGUUUUCAAAAGGUUUAAAAUAUCGAAAAUUAAACUAAUGAAAAUUUAAAAAUUGAUGAAUCAUGGUUUAAUCUUAUGUUCAAAAGAUAAUAAAAUUGUACAUCUAUGAAGGGUAAUCUACAAAAGAAAAGUCCUCAUUUUCUUAUUGGAUAUUAAUAAAAAUAUUGUGAAUUGGAAAAUAGAGUUUUUUCUUAUUAUAAAUCUGAUAAUAAAUUAGAAUUAGAGGGAUCCUUAGACUUUGAUUUAUAAGCAUAUGAAUACAGACAAAUACAAAAUGAGAGACAUCAAACAAUACAGUUUACGUAUCAUAAACAAAAUCAUUUAGUUUAAUCCCUAAAGGUACUUAAAAAGAAUUUGUUUUUUAAGCUGCCUAACCAGAAACUACUCAUCUUUGGGCUUUAUAAAUACAGAUUCAUUUAAAUGACUCUAUUGGAAAUUAAAAAUAAUUGAAUUUCUUAAUUCAAAUACCUAGAUUUUGGAAAAACUCUUAAAUCAAAACUUCUAAAGUCUUAAGUGAUUGUUAAGAUGGUGAUAUAGCAUUAUUUAAAUCUAAAGAUAAUACGACAAAAGUUUUAAGAGCAAUAACAAUGUGUGAAUAUGAUCAUGUUUGUAUGCUCUACAGAGAUAAUGGAUUUUUAUUUGUAUUUGAAGCAGUAUAAACAGGAGUUGGUACAUUUCCAUGGAGUAAAUAAAAUAUUAAUAUUUAAAGCUGAUUUAGUUGAGAAGCACUAUUAAGAUUAUUAUGAAAAGAUAUGUAUCAGAAAAUUAAAUUAUACAAAAAAGUAUACACAAGAAGUAUAAUAAAAAUUAAAACAAUUUAUUUUAAAUAAUUUAGGAAAUGAAUAUGGUCUUACUCCUUCAAAACUCUUUAAGACUAUAUCAUAAAUUGUUCCUCAUUAAACUCAAGAAGAGGAAAAAAAAAGAACAUAUUUUUGUUCAGAACUUGUUGCAAAAGCAUAUAAAGAAAUGGGACUACUUGAUAAAUUGAAAUCAUCUACAUAAUAUUAUCCAAGUGAUUUUACUUAAGAGAAAAAAUUAUAAUUAUUAGAUGGAGCAACAUUAGAUCCUGAAAUGUUGGUAGUUUUUGAACAUUGA